AUGGUGAACUUUACUGCUGAGGAAAAGGGUCUCAUCAAUGGCCUGUGGAGUAAGGUGAAUGUUGAAGACAUUGGUGGCGAAGCCUUGGGAAGACUUCUUGUUGUGUACCCAUGGACCCAGAGAUUCUUUGACAGCUUUGGGAACUUGUCCUCUGCUUCUGCUAUAAUGGGCAACCCGAGGGUCAAAGCCCAUGGCAAGAAGGUGCUGACUUCUCUUGGAGAUGCCAUUAAGAACCUAGACAACCUCAAGGCUGCCUUGGCUAAGCUCAGUGAACUGCACUGUGACAAACUUCAUGUGGAUCCUGAGAACUUCAAGCUCUUGGGUAACGUGCUGGUGAUUGUUUUGGCAAGUCACUUCGGCAAGGAAUUCACGCCCGAGGUGCAGGCUGCCUGGCAGAAGCUGGUGGCUGGGGUGGCCACUGCUCUGUCCCACAAGUACCACUGA